GCCGGCGGUGGCGGUGGUGGUGGCGGUGGCGACCGGGAGCUGCAGUUCAGACGGCUCUGGGGCGCAGCCAGGCGGCCGCGCGGGCGGGGACCGAGGCUGAGUCCUGAGCCGGCGGUGCGCACAGCUCUGCCUGCCAACCUGAGCGGACCCCACGCGCCCCUCGGCUGUUCCUCGGGUCCAUCUCAGCCCCCACGCGUGCCCUUCCAUCUCUUCGGGUGACUACAGCGUGUGUUUUGUUUUUCUUCCUUCCUUCCUUCCCCUGCCCGUGUGCCCUUCUCCAGGAUGGCAGAGGCGGAAUUGCACAAGGAGAGGCUGCAAGUCAUAGCAGAAAAAAGAAAGAGGCAGACAGAAAUAGAAGGCAAGCGACGACAGUUGGAGGAGCAGGUACUGCUGCUCCAGCAUUCCAAGUCCAAAGUGCUUCGGGAGAAAUGGCUGCUGCAGGGCAUACCGGCGGGAACGGCGGAGGAGGAGGAAGCCAGGCGGCGGCAGUCUGAGGAGGAUGAGUUCAGAGUCAAACAGCUUGAAGAUAACAUUCAGAGGUUGGAGCAGGAAAUACAAGCUCUCGAAAGCGAAGAGUCCCAGAUAUCUGCCAAAGAGCAAAUCAUCUUAGAGAAACUGAAGGAGACCGAGAAAUCCUUCAAGGACUUACAGAAGAGCCUCUCCACUGCUGAUGGAGAUGCAGUAAGUUACAUUUCCUAUCAACUCCACCUGCCAGUCCUCUGUUCUCCAACAGCAGAACCAUCGUCAGGGCAGGAAGGGACCUGCAGGACAGCUGCUAUAUACGCCAUGGAAAUUAAUGUGGAGAAAGACAAACAAACAGGAGAGACCAAGAUUCUCUCUGCAUCCACCAUUGGCCCAGAGGGGGUUCACCAGAGAGGAGUCAAAGUCUAUGAUGAUGGUACCAAAGUAGUGUAUGAGGUUCACUCAGGAGGCACCGUAGUAGAAAACGGAGUACACACAUUGAGCGCAAAGGAUGUGGAGGAGCUUAUUCAGAAGGCUGGACAAUCAAAUUUAAGAGGAGGACACACGUCAGAAAGGACUGUUACUGCAGAUGGGAACCUCGGCCAUCCCAAGGAACACAUGCUCUGUAAAGAAGCCAAGUUAGAAAUGGUGCAGAAGUCUAGGAAAGAUCACUGUUUGGGGAACCCAGGGCAGCAAGCCCAGGCCCCCAGCAUGGAAGGGCCGGAGGCAAACCUGGAUCAACCAGUCACCAUGAUUUUCAUGGGCUACCAGAACAUCGAGGACGAAGAGGAGACUAAGAAGGUGCUGGGCUACGACGAAACCAUCAAGGCAGAAUUGGUCCUUAUUGAUGAAGAUGAUGAGAAGUCGCUAAGAGAGAAGACAGUGACAGACGUGUCCACGAUUGAUGGGAAUGCAGCUGAGCUCGUGUCCGGGAGGCCGGCGUCAGACACCACAGAACCCUCGUCCCCAGAAGGCAAGGAAGAGAGCCUGGCCACAGAGCCAGCCCCAGGAUCUGGUUGGCCAAGUAUGCUGCUACAGGGGGAUGAGGCAGGUGCAGAUGCUGCAGAAACCAGUGUGUACAUGGCCAUCAAGAAGCCUCCCCAGCUUCCCGAGGAUGCUAACCAGCUGAGAAACAAGCAGGACAGCUGUAGUGACAGUCUCCUGGAGCCUGCCACCAGUUCUCUAUCCCCAGAUCACAAAAACAUGGAAAUUGAGGUGUCUGUUACAGAAUGUAAUAGUGUUCCUGGGAUCACUUCUACCCCCCAUUCAAUGGACCAUCCCUCCCCUUUCUAUUCACCCUCACACAAUGGCCUCCUCACUGAUCACCAUGAGUCCCUGGAUAAUGAUGUGGCCAGAGAGAUCCGAUAUCUAGACGAGGUGCUGGAGGCCAACUGCUGUGAUUCUUCUGUGGAUGGAACUUACAACGGAAUCUCCUCCCCAGAGCCCAGUGCACCCAUCCUGGCAAGCAGCCUCAGCGCACCUGCCCAUACACCUACCUGCUCAGCCACCCAGGCAGAACCAACUGAGAAAGCGGCUGGAAGGCAAGUGCCUCCUCACAUUGAGCUCAGCAGAAGCCCCUCUGACACCAUGACUGAAAGAGAAAGAGCAAACGGGCAUUCCCCUGACCAGUCCCAAGACAUGCUGGGAGACAACCUGCAGGCUCCUGCCAGCCCCAGCUCCUCCACCAGCUCCCGCUGCUCCUCCCGAGAUGGAGAGUUCACGCUUACCACACUGAAGAAGGAGGCCAAGUUUGAGUUGCGUGCCUUCCACGAGGAAAAGAAGCCCUCCAAGCUCUUUGAGGAUGAUGAGUACCAGAAGGAGCAGUUCUGUGUGCGGAAAGUGAGACCUUCCGAAGAGAUGCUAGAGCUGGAGAAAGAGCGGAGGGAGCUCAUUCGGAGUCAGGCCAUGAAGAAGAACCCUGGCAUCGCAGCCAAGUGGUGGAAUCCCCCCCAGGAAAAAACUAUUGAGGAGCAGCUGGAUGAGGAACAUCUGGAGUCACAUAAAAAGUACAAGGAGCGCAAGGAGAAAAGGGCGCAGCAGGAGCAGUUACUGCUGCAACAGCAGCAGCAGCAGCAGCAGCAGCAGCAGCAGAAGACACCUCUGCCCCAGCUCUGCACAGCCCCAGCUUCCUCUUAUGAACAUCCAGGAGGGACUGAAAACACAAAGGACGAUGUGGUCACAGAGCAGAUCGACUUCUCGGCUGCUCGCAAGCAGUUCCAACUGAUGGAGAAUUCCAGGCAAACACUGGCCAAAGGCCAGAGCACACCAAGGCUGUUCUCCAUUAAGCCUUUCUACAGGCCUCUGGGAUCCAUCAACUCAGACAGGCCACCAACCAUCUUGCGACCAGCUUCUAUGGGAGGACCUUCAGAAGACAGUGGCACAUUGGCAACAAAGGGGCAGAAAGCACCCUGUGUGUCAGAGAGCCAGUCUGCAGGAGCAGGCCCAUGUAGUACUGCCACUCAGGGAAAGGAAGGGCCCUACAGUGAGCCCUCCAAACGUGGCCCUUUAUCUAAACUGUGGGCAGAGGAUGGAGAGUUCACAAGCGCCCGGGCCGUCCUUACUGUGGUCAAGGAUGAAGACCAUGGGAUUUUGGAUCAGUUUUCAAGAACUGUCAAUGUAUCUCUGACCCAAGAGGAGCUGGACUCAGGUUUGGAUGAGUUAUCUGUGAGAUCUCAGGACACCACAGUUCUGGAGACACUAUCCAAUGACUUCAGCAUGGACAACGUCAGCGACAGUGGGGCCUCCAAUGAGACACCCAAUGCCCUCCAGGAAAACUCACUGGCUGAUUUCUCUCUCCCUCAGACUCCCCAAACAGACAACCCCUCAGACGGUCAAGAAGGGGUCUCUAAGUCAUUCAGUGACCAUGGUUUCUAUUCCCCUUCCUCCACACUGGGGGACUCUCCAUCCGUUGAUGACCCAUUGGAAUACCAGGCUGGGAUCCUGGUGCAGAAUGCCAUUCAACAAGCCAUAGCUGAGCAGGUGGAUAAAGCUGGGCCCCAAACCAGCAGGGAGGGAGCAGAACAGCGGGGAUCUGGCACAACUCUGGAGGAAGCUGAAACCAAGCCUCCCAGCACUGAGAAGCCCCAGAGCAUGUUUGCGCCACCUCAGGUAUCCUCUCCUGUUCAAGAGAAAAGGGAUGUAUUACCAAAGAUUCUCCCUGUGGAGGACAGGGCACUCAGGGAAAGGGGGCCCUCCCAGCCACUGCCAGUUGUGCAGCCCAGUGGUCCAAUCAACAUGGAAGAGACCAGGCCUGAAGGAGGCUAUUUCAGCAAGUACUCAGAGGCAGCUGAGCUGAGAAGUACUGCCUCCCUCUUAGCCACUCAAGAAUCUGAUGUGAUGGUUGGACCCUUCAAGCUGAGGUCAAGGAAGCAGCGAACUUUGUCCAUGAUCGAAGAAGAGAUCCGAGCAGCCCAGGAACGGGAAGAGGAAUUGAAACGGCAGAGACAAGUUAUACAAAGCACCCCAAGCCCCAGGGCCAAUAACACCCCAUCACUGCCCUCCAGAAUGUCCAGCUACAAAACCACCCCAGGGAAAAUAGAGAAAGUCAAACCUCCUCCAUCCCCCACAACUGAAGGUCCCAGCUUGCAGCCUGACUUAGCUCCCGAAGAGGCUGCCGGAACCCAGCGGCCCAAGAAUCUGAUGCAGACCCUCAUGGAAGACUAUGAGACACACAAAUCUAAAAGGCGCGAGAGAAUGGAUGAUAGUAGUUACACCUCUAAGUUACUGUCUUGCAAGGUGACUUCUGAGGUCCUAGAGGCCACACGGGUUAACAGAAGAAAGAGCGCUCUGGCCUUGCGCUGGGAGGCAGGGAUCUAUGCCAACCAGGAGGAAGAGGACCAUGAAUAGACUUCCUUCAACCGAGGAAACUCCUUUGGUGCUUGGGGUAACCAAGAAACCAAGAAAUUAUCAAAUCAGAAGCAUUUUAAUAGACUAUUGAUUAAAGUGCACACAAACUCAGCAGUCCUCAUGCAGACCAGAUGCUGCCGUACCUAACGAUGAAAAACAAAGCGAAGAGGAAGUCCACCCAUCAGAUUCCGAGACCUGGGAGUCAGAGCAAAGAGGAUUUCUCUAUGACUCAAAGAAACCCCUGCUUUUGAUCAUUCUACAACUGACCCAAUGGGACACAGACAUGACGAGUGAAUCAACAUAGUAGCUGCAGGUGGAACUGAAACCAGCCUUCGCCGAAUGAUGGAGAGGAACAAGGGUGACGAAGCCACCUGGAGACAACAGGGCUGGCGCCAUCGACGGGGCAUAGGUUAUCCCUCCGCACCAGCUUCCCACCCGUCUGGCCUUCAGCAUCAGAAGUGUUGAGAUGACGCCAUGUUCUCCAGCAGCCGUAAAACAAAUGGUGUUUCUCUCCGUAAUUGUCCAAAGGGGCAAUGAUGACUCAAUUUCUCUUACAUGUAAUAAUUUUUAAUUGGGAACAAUUAAUGGUUGCAAUACAUAAAAUCCAUAUUUUUAAGACAAUAUCUCUUCAUGUUGCAGAUGCAAUCAAUUCUACAGUAGGAGUGUGAGGACGGUGGGGAAGGAGCCAAACCAAAUGGGUUAUUUUAGCUUUAGGGUCUUGUCUGCUUAUAUUGUUGACUGAUCUGCAGUUUAGGAGAACACAUUUUCACAGUUAUGUUUCUUCAUAUGAAAACUAUAUUUAGUGGGCAAUGACUAUUUUUAUGAUGGGAUGGGCAAAUAGGAACAUGGAUAAAAUCUGUACACACUGAACAGCUUGGUUCAAGAUGGCAGAGGUAUUUUUAGAAUGGCAAUAAUUGAAGAAAGGGGGUAAACUCUGCCUUAGAAAAGUAGAUGACCAGAAAAAAAAGGCAUUUAUAACUAUUUUGUAUUUUAAAGCGAGCCUUAGAAGUAGGGGGACCUGGGUUGGAUUGUUUUAGAUCUCUGAGAAAGGCAACAUUAAAGUCAUGGAAGUAGAGCUAGAGAGGGAAGGAGAAAGAGCAGGAAAAUAAGGAAGAGAAAUUAUUGUUGCUGAGCAACCAGUGUUUUUCAGGAUGAUAAAGAGAAAAGUAUAGAAUAGAAAUUUAAGUACAGGCUUGGAAACAGCUACAAACCCUAAAGAUGGUGAAUGUGUGCACUUGUAUAAAGAAUGUGUGUUCAACAGUAAGGGUGUGUGUGUGUGUGUGUGUGUGUGUGCGCGCGUACAUCGUCCUGUGUUUGUAAGAGUGUAGUGUGUUCAUGAGGAAAGGUAUGUGUGUGUGUGUGUGUGUGUGUGUGUGUGAAUGUGCACACAGGUGCAUUAAAAUUCCAGGUCGAUCAUGACAUGUGGGUGUACAGUAUUUCCUCCAUGGCUGUCUGCCAGCUUCAGGAGUAAGUGACAAUUUUCUUUUUUAUGAAAAGGGAUAUAAAGGCACAUGGCUGAUGCAGUAUUUGUAAUAUUGAACUGACCUAACGUGGUAUUUUCAUGAGUCACAAUUGCAAAGUUUUGAGCAGUUUUGUAUUAAUAAUUUGACAUUUAGGAGUGUUUCCUAUUUAUUCUCAUGCUUUAUGUACUAUAGAAGAUGCCAGCUUUACUCUGUCUGUCAUUUAAAGCAAUAUGAUAAGGGCAUUCACUAAUCAGGUGCCCUAGAUUUCUGGAUGAGAAAAUGUAUAAUUUCCAACCAUGAAAAGAAGGAGGAAGAGGAGGAAGAGGAGGAGAGGAGGAAAGGAGGAGAGGAGGAGGAAGAGGAAGAAGAAACUACUAACCAGCCUUUAUUAUUUUUCCUUUAUUUUAAAACUAUUUUUAAAGCAAUAAUUAAAUCAGACCUUGCUAACAUGUUUUUGUUUUCAUGCUGUUAUGUCAUAAACUCUAAUGUUAUUCUAGUAAGUAGCCAGUCCACAAAAAUUGUAUGUCGGGUUCUAUACAUCCUUUGCUCUUUUUAUUAGACUAAGUGUUGACAUGGGGGGGGGCUUAUUCACAGAUAGGUGGUGGGCACAAAGUAAAAAGAUAGAAUUAUCUAAUGAUUUAUAAGGAUCUUUAAAAAAACUGCCAAGUGGACCUAUAAUUUGAAGCCAAAUUCUGCAAAUUGCACAUAGGAAGUGUGCACCAUCUUGGAUGAAAUGUUAGAAAACAAAAAAGAUAGCCCUUGGGGACACAAAAUAAAUAAGAUCCCUGCUGCACAAAAUUCAUUUUAUAGAAGGGGAGGCUGAUAGAGGUCCCACCAGGUAGAAUGGAAGCACCAGGGAAAGACUGUCUUUAAGGAUUUCCAGCUGGAAGUCCCAGAUGCCUGAACUGAGUACCCAGUGAUUAGGGUAUUCAUUCCCAAGAGAGAGCCACAGGAAUAGGGACAAGAGGUGGGGGUGGCAGCUGCAGCGCCCUGUGGCCCUGGGCACAGUGCUAGUUAGGAUGGCUAGAGAGCAGGGUACUUCUUUGAGUUGCAUGAAGAAGAAAAGGUGCUUAAUGCUUUCUGGAUGAACUGUGGAUCUGCUAGAGACCAUGGACUCGCUGCAGACUAAUUUAGCUCAUGUUUCACUAGAAGAAACCAUACUUGUGACAAGUUUUUUUUGUUGUUUGGAUGGGAAUCUUGAAUCUAUAUGAAAGCUACACUUAGGAAAGUCAGCAACCAGAAAGAAAUCUUAGGAGGCCACACAAUUCCUGGAAUCACUUUGGAGGCAGAGGAAGUAGUCUUUUGACUAUAGUAGAUAGAAUGAGGAGUUUUAACUCCAAAAACCCAGCAGAGUUACAAAGUUGGGGUCCUCUGGGCCACUCUCCAUUUGCAAUUAGGAGACACCCAGUUUCCGUGACUUUCCUCUGGUCACAUAGCUCUUUCUGACUUUUGCUAGUUUCCUUAAACUGCUUUCUGAUGACUGCUGUCUGUGCCCUUACUCUCCCAUACACUCCUGUCAUAGUCUAGUAAGAUGGCAAUCACAGUUCCUUUGGGAGAGCCAGUUUUCUCUGCACCUUUGAGUUUUGUUGUGUUUUGUUUUCUACUCAUUCAACAAACUUUUGACCCCCUGCUUUGGCCACAGCACUGUGCUAGAUUUUAGCAUCCUGUGCCAUCCCGUUACUUUCCCAGCACAAAGCAGAUCCCUGGAUGAAAGUCUUUUCUUGCCUCUCAUCCCCAAGGUAAAGAGGAUCCUGACCAGUGUCACCUCUGAGGCUCAGCCCCACCCCAGAACACCACGGACCAAGCUUGUUAAUCUCAACUCUAAGAAAUGUUUAGCUUCUGUAGAUCUUGCAAAACUUCCUGAAGGUAUUCCAUGCUGCGGUGACAGGUAACACUUUCCUCCCCAGCGGAUGACGGACACUGCUUGGCGUUCUCAUCCAGAAAUUAGGGAAACAGGGUCUGUCAGUGGCAGGCGGCCAGGCUGGGUCCCACUUGGAUGACACAAUGCAGUUUCCUCACCCGUGCAUGCGGCCCACCCUAGGCAACGACAUAGACGAAGUAUAUUAACCCGUGUCCACAUAUAUAUCUACACACAAACACACACAUAUAUGUAAUAGAACAAGGAACACUAAAACAGUGUUGACUCUUGUCUUUAAAGACAUUUUUUUCCAACUGAAGAAUGGACUUAAACUAUGUAUUGAAAAAAAAAAUAGCUUAAGUGUUAGAGAUGAUGAAUAUAUCCAGUUUUAGUUACAGAGCCAAUUUUCUGAAGUUUAAGCAUUCAGUGAGCUGCCAAGUUUGAUUUUGCGUUGCUCUUUACCCAAGUGAGUUUUCUUUUUCAAUUGAAGGAAAGUGGGGAGAGCAAUACUGUGUUCGAAAAUGAUGCUCUGUAUCUGCUUUCCUGUGUUAUGUUAACCACUUCACUGUUACUAUCCUGCUUUCAUUUUAUAGUGAUUGUGAGGCAUUCGAUGCAAGUAUACAGUUAUUUUCUCAUUAAAAUUCAA